AUGGGUGUUCCUAAGUUUUUCAGAUGGAUGUCAGAGCGAUACCCUGCAAUAUCGCAGCUGAUUGCAGAAAACCGAAUUCCGGAGUUCGACUGUCUAUACCUCGAUAUGAAUGGUAUUAUCCACAAUUGUACCCACAGGGACUCGGACUCACCAACUUUUCGCAUGACGGAGGAUAAAAUGUUCAUCGCGAUUUUCAACUACAUAGAACAUUUAUAUGGGAAGAUCAAACCGAAAAAGCUGUUUUUUAUGGCUAUAGAUGGAGUCGCACCCCGCGCGAAAAUGAACCAGCAACGGGCCCGAAGAUUCCGAACCGCAUAUGACGCUGAGGUCGCAAAGGAGAAGGCGAUUAAGCAGGGGAUCGAAAUGCCCAAGGAGGCAGCGUUUGAUAGCAAUUGUAUAACUCCAGGAACCGAGUUCAUGGCGAAGCUGACGCAGCAGCUGAAAUAUUUCAUCAAUAAGAAAGUAUCAGAGGAUGUGGAAUGGCAGGGCGUCGAGAUCGUUCUGUCAGGCCACGAGGUUCCUGGCGAGGGAGAACAUAAGAUCAUGGAAUAUAUCCGGCAGACAAAGGCGCAGCCGGGGUAUCAUCCAGAUGUACGACAUUGUUUAUACGGAUUGGAUGCUGAUUUGAUCAUGUUGGGUCUGUUGAGUCACGAUCCCCAUUUUUGCUUGCUUCGAGAAGAAGUCACGUUUGGGAGACAGAGUCAGAAAAAGUCCAAGGAGCUAGAGCACCAGAAUUUCUAUCUCAUGCAUCUCUGUAUGGUCAGGGAAUACCUAGAGCUGGAGUUUCAGGAGUUGGAGGAGGAGGAUGCCUUGCAGUUUCCUUUUGAUCUGGAACGGAUUAUCGAUGAUUUCAUUCUGAUGGCGUUUUUUGUUGGAAAUGACUUUUUGCCGAAUCUUCCAAAUUUGCACAUCAAUGAGGGUGCGCUGGCUUGGAUGUUCAAGAUAUACAAACAAGUUUUACCGAAACUAGGAGGAUAUAUUAACGAGCAGGGAACGAUCAAUUUGGAACGACUGGGGAUUCUCCUUGAUUCCCUAUCCGAUGUUGAAUUCCGUUUCUUCGAAGCAGAAUAUUCGGAUGCCCGCUGGAUCAAAUCCAAAAUUAAGUGCGGGGAGUUAGAGAGAGGAAAUCCAGAACCCUCUCAAAUCUCGAAAGAGUUUACGAUUUCCCCGGCGCAGAAGCAGAUUUUCAAUCGAAUUAAAAAAUAUGUCUCACAUCACCCAGUUAAUGACCAAGGGAAACCUGUCCCUCUCGACCUCUCCUCCAAUCUACCAGCAAGGGAUCGCAAAUUCGUAGAGCAGCUGGCUGAUGAUUUGCAUCUUCAAUGGACCACAGUCUCUAACGAACAUGGAGAUCGAUUUCUACGAGUACAGCUCCCAUCCAAGGAGGACCCAGCCAACGGGAACUCUGGGGAAGAUGAUGACGAGAAUGAGGAAGAGGGCCAGAUUGCUCUUCUUCGUGUUAUGAGAAGAUACGAAAAUGCGAAGGUGAAGGAAACAACGGCAGAAGAAGCUCAGCAGGCAGCUGAGAAGAAGUACGAACGCAAGUUCCAGGAGUGGAAGAACAACUAUUACAAGUCCAAAUUCAGGUGGGGGAUGGAUAACCAUGAGGAGAUGCGCAAGUUAACCGAAAACUACGUGCAAGGUCUGCAGUGGGUGCUCUAUUACUAUUAUCGAGGAGUAGCUUCGUGGCCCUGGUUCUAUCAAUACCACUAUUCCCCGAUGAUAUCUGAUGUCAAGCUUGGUUUGAAAGCUGAUAUGAAUUUCGAUCUCGGACAACCUUUUCACCCUUUCCAGCAGUUAAUGGGUGUUCUACCUGAUAGAAGCAAACAAAUCGUCCCCGCUGCUUUCCACGAGCUGAUGACAUCUCCUGAAUCCCCGAUCAUUGACUUUUAUCCCCGCGAUUUCGAACUUGAUAUGAAUGGCAAAAAAAUGGACUGGGAAGCUGUUGUCAAAAUUCCAUUCAUUGAGGAAAAACGCUUGCUUAAGGCCAUGGCGACGAAAGAACAUCUUUUGACACCAGAAGAAAAAGCAAGAAAUGAAUUCGGCGUUACGUUGAAAUUCACAUAUUCUCCAGAUAUCGAAUACAUCUAUCCCAGCUCGCUUGUUGGCGUGUUUCCCGAUAUCGCCAGGUGUCACUGUAUCGAAAAUGUGUUCGACCUUCCCACAAUGGAUGGUUUGGAACCUUUUGUUGGCCUAGUGGAAGGGGUCAAGUUAGGACAUGAGGCAUUGGCGGGAUUUCCUAGCCUGAAAACAUUACCGCACCACGGUCAACUAAGCUUCCAUGGAGUAUCCGUGUUCCAACAGGAAAGUCGUAAUGAAAGCAUGGUCGUCACUCUUACGGAGCCAGAAAACCGCUCCAGCGUUGAGUUGGCGAAGCAGAAACUGGGUCAGCGAGUCCAUGUUGGCUACCCCUUCCUUCAAGAGGCCAAAGUAACUCGCGUAUCAGAUGAACUUUUCGACUACAUGUGUGUCGACGGUGAACAGCAUGUCGUUUCUAUCCCCCACACGCCCUCCCAAGCGAAUCAGUGGAAGCGCAAGGCCGAGCAGAUUGAGUCAUAUUACAGCAAAAGGCUUGGUAUGAUAGUUGGCGAAAUCGAGUCCAUGGUUCAUGUUCAGAUGCUGAAAGGAUUGAUAAAGACAGACCAAGGUGCUACGGUCAAGGAGUUUGCUGAUAUUCCGGGUAUUGAAACGGAUUAUGCUUUGCAGCUGGUUGUGGACCGCGUGAUGUGUGAGGAUAACCGCUUUAUCGAACGCGAAGCUUUACCGGUUGAAGAGGAAUUCCCCGAGGGAACUAGGGCUUUCUUCUUGGGUGAAUACAAUUACGGUGCACCGGUACAUAUUACUGGACACGAAAAUGGCAAAUUGAGUGGUCUUGUUUCUGUGGUCAAGGCCAAGGAGCCAGAAUUUGGUCGUGAUCUCACCAGAAGUGCUGAAAGGAUUUCUCCUUACAGUCCAUCGUUCGCGAUUGCUCGCAGUCUACAUCUAAAUCCACUAACACUAGCCAAGAUCACUUCCUCGUUCACCGUAAUCUUGGAUGGUCAGCGUAUCAACCUGGGCCUCAACCUGAAAUUCGAAGCGAAAAAGCUCAAGGUACUUGGAUACUCUCGCCGUGGGCCGACCGGGUGGGAAUUCAGUGAAAAGGCGACCAACCUUCUCCAACAGUACAUGAUCAAAUUUCCCGAGUUCAUCGCAGGCAUACAACGGAAACCCCAAGGUGAUGGCUUCCAAGCUACGGAUUUCUAUCCUGCCGAAAUCGCAUCUGCAAAAAUCAAGGAGAUUCAGGCGUGGCUCAAGUCUAUCGAGGCGAAGAAUUUCGAGCGUGUUCCAUUGGAAGCGGAGCAACUUGAUUCAGAUCUUGUGAAAUCCAUUGAACACGCCGCAGAUGAACUCGUCCGUACGCGUCCAGAACCAGAACCCAAAAAGAUGAGAGGCGUGCCGAGGAAUGCUUUAUUGAAACCAUCCGAUGCGGAACAUCGGCUUGGCAACCAAUCGUUCUCUCUUGGUGAUAGGGUGAUCUAUGUGCAGGAGUCUGGCAAGGUCCCCAUUGCCACAAGAGGCACUGUCGUUGGUCUCAUGAGGACUUCCAGUACCCUGCUCCUUGACAUCGUAUUUGACGUCUCCUUCAUGAGCGGUACAACUCUGGGAGACAGAUGUUCGCUAUUCCGGGGCUCCACCGUUCCAGCAUCGGCCGCCUUAAACUUGACCAACAAGCAACUUAUCGCCGUUACCCGUGCUUCAGCUGAACAAAAUAGAUCACAGCAACAGCAGCAACAGCCUCUCACCUCCCAGGGAUACCGAGCUUCUCUCGGACCAGAUGGGAAAGGCCAGCUGAAAGAGGCUAGAACCCCGCCGCCACUAAGGGGCAGUUUCCGCGGUGCCGUCGUAGGACAGCCAGGUGCGUGGCCUAGGGGCAACGGAGGAUUCCGUGGCUGUGAUGGCCGCGGCCAGUCGGAGCAAACAUUGCCGAUUCGCACUCACCCAAACAGUGCCUCACCACAACAGCAACAGUCCCAACCACAACCAAAUGGCUUCCGCGGACGGGGCGGUCGUGCUAAUUUCAACAACAUGCAGCCAAACGGCUAUGUUCAACGUGGACGCGGCUCCCCACGUGAAGGAUUUGGUUCUCCGGCUCGUGCCGGCUAUGUCUCGGUGGAGAGAACAGAUCCAGACGCAGAUGUUGUGAAUCACAACCCUAAUUUCCGACCGAGACCUUACAACAACGUUCCUCCGCCGUCGUCCUUGGAUCGUCGGGGAAAUGGUCGUGGGAGAGGCGGUCGUGGAUCCCCACGGGCCGGCGGUAGGGGUAUGAAUCGCGGCCAGGGCGCUAUGGCUACUUGA